AUGGGACUCGCUCUCGGUCAUGCACUCGCCGGCCUGGACCUGAUCGACCUGAUGAGAGGGGGAUACGUGACGCUAGCUGCUGGUAUCCUAGCCGUCAAUAGCUUCGAGUUUCUCCGGGAACGAUUCAUAUCAUACGGUGCCCGGUCUCUGCCAUCUACAUCAACAAAGGAGGGCAAGGAACCCCCCGCGGACGAGAAGGCUACAGUGACGACUGCGUCCCGGAUACUAAACAGUGUGGCUGCUUGGGAUGUGCCGCAUUCUUACUUCACGCAGUUCUACUACUGCUCUGUCGCCCUGUCGUUCUUCUGGUGGUACCAGCUGCUGACCAGGGGUUGGGCAUUCCAGCUGAUUGCUGGCAUGGUAGAUCACAGUAGCAGGGAGAGCUCCAUGUCCUUCAACCAGAUAUUCCUCUGCUGGGGGUUAUUUACCAUCCAGGCAUGUCGUCGACUAUAUGAGUGUAUAUCCUUCGUGAAACCGUCCAAAUCAAGGAUGUUCGGUGGACUUUGGCUCUAUGGUUUUGCCUAUUACAUUGCUAUGGGGGUAGCUAUCUGGAUUGAGGGGACCGGAACUUUGCUUUCAACUGAUAAGCCGCUGGGUGACGCCAGUUUAACUGCGCCGUCUAUAAGAUCACUGAUAUUCAUACCGAUCUUCAUAUUUGCUUCUGGAAUCCAGCAUGAUUGUCAUGAGUACUUGGCGUCUCUGGUCAAAUAUACCCUACCCGUGCACCCAGCGUUCGCCCGGAUCAUAUCUCCACACUACACGGCUGAAUGUGUGAUAUACCUCGCGAUAAGCUUCCUGGCCGCACCGCCCGGAUCGAUAGUCAACAAGACUGUGUUCUCCGGUUUAAUUUUAACGGCGGUAACGUUGGGUACGUCAGCAGUAGCUACCAAACAAUGGUACGGCGAGAAGUUCGGGAAGGAAAUGGUUAAAGAUAGGUGGAUCAUGUUGCCACCUGUAUGGUAG